AUAGAUCAUAUCAUUUUAGUCGUACUCUGCUCCACUUUUCCAAAAAAGAAAAAAGAAAAAAAAAGUAGUUAAGUAUUUUAGGCUUCUCACCCCUGCUCUCAUUUACUGUAGCGAUUAUCCUUGAUCUGUGAAGUCAUAGAAGAAAAACCUAUAAAAAUUGUAGUGUGAAGGAGAGAGUUUAUUUGCUCUGUUUUACUUGUCAACUCUUCAUGAUUACAGCUACUCAGUACAGUGACUGUCUGAGUGGAAAACAAAUCAAGCUGUUCUGGAAUAGUUUGAUAUCCUAAAGAGAGAGUUUGUUUGCUCUAGUUUGCUUAUCAAGACUUGUAAAAUGAAGGGAAAAGAAGAAGGUAUUGCCAACGGUUAACGAUUACUACUACCCAGCACAUAGACUGUCCGAGUAUAAAACAAAACAAGCUGUGCUGGAAUACUCUGAUAUCCUAAAGAGAGAGUGUUGACUUGUCUAGCAUCUUGCUCUUCCAAGAUUCAUUCUUCACGCUCUACGUUUCAUUGCCCAACUUUGUAUUCGACAAGUCUAGUAACUGUUCAUUCGCUUUGCACUCUUAAAUCAGAGGAGUAAAGAGAGAACUAGGCCGGGCAUGACUGGAUGGGCUGGUGAAGCAAUUAACUUAGGUGUGAAAUUCAAGCUCUAAAGUUUGAUUGGUGUGGUUUGUCGGUGCACAUCCGAUUCACGACUGUUCAUACUUCAUGGUCGUUUUGCCAUCUUUACCAUACCUUUCUCCAAACUCUCUGCCUAAUCAUUUUCAAUUUUGGAGAAAGAGAGAUACGUGCUUCUGCUGGUCCCCAUUUUCACUUUGCUUAAGUUGGAUUCCUUUCCCAACUUCAUUCUAGUGGGCCUCUUUACUCCGGUCAUUGAAUAUCCCAAGGAGAGUGUAUUUCCUUGUUACUCCCAAUGGUUCAUACUCAUUGCAGAGUCUAGUUUUCUUUUUCUUGGUUUUGAGUUUGAGUUUGUGUCUACUUUCACACAUACGGAAAAAGAAAAGGGAGAAAAAAACCAGAAGGAAAAGAGGACAGAUAUAUUGAAAUAAGAAUGGAGAUUGUUAUUUCGAUUGCAGCAGAGAUAGCUAAGUGCUUAGUUGGACAGUGUCUAAGUCAAUCGUUUCUCUACUGCAACGACAUUCAAAAUAUGAAGAAAAAAGUAAAGAUGUUGGAUGCUGCUAGAGAUAAGGUACAAAAUUCCGUUGAUGCUGCUAUAAGAAGCACUGAAGAAAUUGAAAUUGAUGUUCACAAUUGGUUAGAAAAGGUAGAUGUGACUUUGAAAGAGGCCAAGGAAAUUCUGGAAGAUGAAGAAAAAGGAAAUACGAGAUCUUCCGGUGGGGCAUGCCUGAAAUUGAAGCAAUGUCGUCAACAAAGAAAGAAAGCAAAGAAAAUAGUACAAGAUAUCGAUGAUGCCCUAAAAACUGGCAAUUUUGACAGAGUUUCCCACCGUCCUGCUUCACAUGCUAUUUACGUGACCUUUGAGUCAAGAAUGUCAUCUGUGAAGGGACUUAUGGAGGCACUACGAGAUACUAAUAUCAACGUUAUUGGGGUGUGGGGGAUGCCUGGUGCGGGGAAGACUACAAUUGUGAACGAAGUUGUUUGGCAAGCCAAGGAAGAAAAGUUAUUUGACGAGGUCGCUAUUGCUGCUGUGAUGCAAAGCCCCGACUUGAGAAGAAUUCAAAUAGAAAUCGCGGACAUGCUAGAUCUGAAGUUCGAUGUGGAGUCUCUAGUUGUAAGAGCAAAUCAUCUACGAGAGAGGUUAAAAAGAAACAAGAAAGUACUUAUUAUCCUAGAUGACAUAUGGAAUAAACUUGAUUUGGAGGCGAUAGGAAUUCCUUGUAAUGGAUGUAAAAUAUUGUUGACAUCCAGAGAUAGAGAUAUAUUAUCUUGUGAGAUGAACACGCAAAAAAAUUUUGAGCUUGAUAUUUUAUCACCAGAUGAAGCAUGGAGUUUAUUUGAGAAGAUGGCAGGUGAUUCUCUCCAAGAUACUAAAUUGAGAUCCUUCGCACCGCAGGUAGUUGAAGUGUGUGCAGGUUUGCCUCUCGCACUUGUAACAGUUGCAACGGCAUUAAAAAAUAAGAGUUUGUUUGAAUGGGAGGAUGCCUUACAGCAACUAAGGAGGCCCUCCCCUGUGCACCUCACAGGAAUGCAAGCAGCUAUGUAUUCAAAAAUAGAGUUGAGUUACAAACAUCUUGGAAGUCCAAUGGUCAAGUCUUUCUUUUUGCUAUGUGGUCAAAUUGAUUCUACCAUUUACUACCGCGACUUGUUAAAAUACUGUUUCGGACUGUGUUUAUUUCCUAGCGUCUGUACAUUGGAAGAAGCUAGAAAUAAAGUAUCUACUCUGGUUCGGAACCUCAAAGACUCUUGUUUGUUGCUAGAAGACCCUCAUAUGAGGGAGUAUGUCCGUAUGCAUGAUCUUGUUCGUGAUGUCGCCAUACUAAUUGCCAAGGCUGAAAAUAUGUUCAUGAUGAGAUAUGAUGAUCCAGUAAAAUGGCCAGAUGAAGAUGCAUUAAAAAUGUGCACAUCAAUCUCUGUAUAUGCUAGGGAUAUCCAUGAACUUCCUGACAGGUUGGUAAGUCCGAAGUUAAAACUCUUUUACGUGGAUGGCAGAGAUCGAGAUUUUGAAAUUUCAGAUACUUGUUUUAAAGGAACGAGGGAGCUCAAAGUUUUAGAUUUGACUAAAAUGAGACUUUCAUCACUUCCUUCAUCAAUUAAUCUCCUCACAAACUUACAAACAUUGUGUCUAGAUGUAUGUGUUCUGAAAGAUGUUGCUGUGAUUGGAGGGUUGAAAAAUCUAGAAAUUCUUAGCCUCGCUCAAUCCAAAUUUACACAGUUGCCACAAGAAAUAGGUCUCUUGACUCAUUUACGGAUGUUGGAUUUGAGCAAUUGUACCGAACUUGAAGUGAUUCCACCCAACGUCCUAUCAAACUUGAAACAAUUAGAAGAGUUAUAUGUCUGUGAUAGCUUCACUCAAUGGGAGCUUGAAGGAGUGAACAAUGAAAGAGCUAGUCUGGCAGAGUUAAAGCAUUUAUCGUUGUUGACCACUUUAGAAGUAAAUAUUCCAAAUGCGAACAUGUUGCCAAAAAAUUUGUUGUUUAAGAAGUUGAAGAGAUACCAAAUAUUUAUAGGAGAUGUGUGGGAUCAGUUUGGUAGAUCUGAAAGCUCAAGAGCACUAAAACUCAAGUUGAAUUCAAGCUUUGAAUUAGGGAGGGGGAUCAAGAUGUUGUUGAGUGGAAUAGAAGAUUUGUGUUUGGAUGAGUUAAAAGGUGUUAAGAGUAUCAUAUCUGAAUUAGACAGCAAAGGCUUCCAACAACUGAAGCAUCUACAUGUCCAAAAUAAUUCUGAGAUGAAGUACAUCAUCCAUUCAAAGGGGUUGGUUAUUGCUGAUGUUGUCUUUCCUGUCUUGGAGAUAUUUUCUCUCAAAAACAUGAUCAACUUGGAAGAAAUAUGUCAUGGACAAAUUCCCUUGACAUCCUUUGGUAACUUAAGCAUUGUGAAAGUGGAACAUUGUGAGAAACUAAAGUUUAUCUUCUCAUCAUCCAUAGCUAAAAGCCUUUCACAACUUCAAACAUUAGAGAUAAGAGAAUGCAGCAUCAUGGGUGCAAUGGUCGAAAAAGAAGAGGGCAGAAUAGAAGACACAGAUAUGAAGUUGUUCCCUCAAUUGCGUCGCUUACUACUACAUUGUCUUCCAAAGCUCAUGAGCUUCUUAAGUACACAAAAUUCAGACAUAAUUGAUGCUGGAGAAGUCAUUCCUGAAAGCGAACAGGUUGUGUUCCCCAACUUGGAAACGUUGGAACUGUCCUCUAUACACUCUGAAGAGAUACUACUUCAUAACCAACAUCGGGCAAGCUCCUCUUUCAAAUUAACAGUCCCGAGAUUUCAAAAUUUGCGUAACUUGAAGGUGAAAGGCUCUGGCAAUUUAAAAUACCUGUUGUCUUCCUCCACAGCGACAUUUAUGGUUCAACUCAAAGGUCUAAUCAUUGAGGACUGUAAGGUAAUGGAAGAGAUACUACUACUCACAGAAGACUUAGGAGAAGAAGAAAUAAUUCCAAAGGUGUUGUUCUGUCUACUGGAAAACCUGGUUCUAAAAGAUCUUCCAGUACUUAAAAGAUUCUGUAUAGGAACCAAUCUAAGAUUUCCAUCCUUGAAGUAUCUGUGGAUAGAACAAUGCCCUAAAUUGGAGUCAUUCAUAUUCAAACCUGUUAGUUCAGGCAUGACAUUGGGCAAAGAACUUAAGGAAGUGAAUUCAGAGGAGAUCUCUCAUGCUACCAUACAACCUCUCUUUGAUGAAAAGGUCGCAUUCCCCAAUUUGGAGACGUUAAUAAUCUCCCAUAUGCCUAACCUGAAAAUUAUAUGGCAUGACAAAUUUGCCCCUGGCUCUUUUACAAAGCUUCAGUCCAUGAAGGUUCAAUUCUGUGGAAAUCUUAUGAAAAUCUUCCAAGUUAAUAUGCUGUCUAGAUUCCAGAGCUUGGAGUCCCUUGUAGUAGAAGAUUGUGGUUCGGUACAAGAAAUAUUUGAACUACAAGGGCAAGAAGUUACGGAAACACAAGCAAUAACAGUGACUCAGUUGAAAAAAUUAUUUAUGCAUCGUCUACCGAAGUUGAAGCAUGUAUGGAAUAAGAACCCCGAAGGAACGUUCUCCUUUCCAAAUCUAGAAAAAAUAAGUGUUUGGGAAUGUGAGAGUUUGAAAAGUUUGUUUCCAACCUCAGUGACCAGAUGUCUUAAGCAACUGGAAGAUCUUCGAAUAGUUGAAUGUGGGAUUGAGGAAAUUAUUGAACAAGAAGAAGGUGCAAAAGAAGAUGCCAGGUUUGUGUUCCCUAAAUUGACUCUCUUGAUGCUUCGACAGUUGCCAAAACUCAAGUGGUUUUACCGAGGGGUGCAUACUUCAGAAUGGCCGUUAUUGAAAACCUUGGAGGUGUCUGGAUCAAAUGAAAUUCAAAUAUUUGCUUCAAAAGAAUUUAGAAUCGAAGAACCAGAUGAACAGAGUCAACUAGAGACAUCCAUUCAACAACCACUUUUCUUGGUUGAAGAGGUUGCAUUCCCUAGUUUGGAAACAUUGACAAUCAAGCACAUGGAGAACUUGAAAAUCAUAUGGCACGAUCAAUUAGCUGAAGAUUCCUUUUCCAAGCUUCAAUCUCUAUUUGUUGAAUACUGUGAAAAUCUUGUGAACAUCUUUGAAUCUAAUAUGCUGACAAGAUUCCAAAGUUUAGAGAGACUUGAAGUUGCUUAUUGUGGUUCACUACAUGAAGUGUUUCAACUUCAAAGGCACGAUGUUAGAGAAUCACAUGUUGUGACAACCAUUCCGUUAAAAAGAUUGAUAUUGCGUCAUCUACCGAAAAUGAAGCAGGUAUGGAAUAAGGACCCCCAAGGAAAUUUCAGCUUUCAAAAUCUACAAGAAAUAAGUGUUUGGGAAUGUGAGAGUCUGCAAAGUUUGUUCCCAGCAUCUGUGGCUAGAUGUCUCAUGCAAUUGGAGGAUCUUCGGAUAGGCGAUUGUGGAGUGGAGGAAAUUGUUUCACGUGAAGAAAUUGCAGAAGCAGCAGCAAGAUUUGUUUUCCCUAAAGUAACUCUCCUAAUGCUUCGUAAAUUGCCAAAGCUCAAGUGGUUUUGCCGAGGGGUGCAUACUUCAGAAUGGCCAUUGCUAAAAAAAUUGGAGGUGUCUAAAUGUGAUCAAAUUGAGAUAGUUCCUUCAAAAAUUUUGAACUUUCAAGAAACAGUUGAACAGAGCCAACUAGAGACCUCCACUCAACAACCCCUUUUCUUGGUUGAAGAGGUUGCAUUCCCUAGUUUGGAAACAUUGCAUUUGGAUCAGUGUGUGUUGGAAGACAUAGCUAUGAUUGGAAAGCUGAGAAAUUUAGAAAAUCUUAGCCUUCUUCACUCCAAGGUUGAACAGUUGCCGAGAGAAACAGGGCUUUUGACUCGUUUACGGAUUUUGAAUUUGAGCAAUUGUACCAAACUUAAAGUGAUUCCACCAAAUGUCCUAUCAUGUUUGAUACAAUUAGAAGAGCUGUAUUUCGGCAAUAGCUUCAGUCAGUGGGAGGUUGAUGGACUCAACAAUGAAAGAGCUAGCCUUGCAGAGCUAAAGCAUUUGUCACGGUUGACUACUUUAGAAGUGCACAUUCCAGAUGCCAACAUGUUGCCAAAAGAUCUGUUAUUCGAGAAGUUGCAAAGAUACAAAAUAUUCGUAGGAGAUGUGUGGGAUUGGUCUGAUAAACAUGAAAACUCAAGAGCUCUGAAGCUCAAGUUGAAUACAAGCUUUCAUUUGGAGAUGGGGAUUAAAAUGUUGUUGAAUGGUAUUGAAAAUCUGUGUUUGGAUGAGUUAAAGGGUGUUAAGAGCGUCAUCUAUGAAUUAGAUAUGACAGGCUUCCAACAACUGAAGCAUCUCCAUGUCCAAAACAAUGUCGAGAUCAAGUACAUCAUCAACUCAAGAGGGAUGGUUAUCUCUGAUGUUGUCUUUCCUGUCUUGGAGAUACUCUCUCUCAAAAACAUGAUCAACUUGGAAGAAAUAUGUCACGGCCAGAUUCCCUCGGCAUCCUUUCGUAACUUAAGCAUUAUGGAAGUGGAACAUUGUGAGAAACUAAAAUUUAUCUUCUCGUCAACCAUAGCCAAGGGCCUUCCACAACUUCAAGAAUUGGUGAUACAAGAAUGCAGCAUAAUGGGUGCAAUAAUCAAAAAAGAAGAAGGCGAAAUAGAAGACAAAGAUAUGAUCUUGUUCCCUCAAUUGCGUCACUUAGAACUCCAUCAGCUUCCAAAACUCGUUAGCUUUUUAAACACACAAAAGUCAGUCAUAAAUGAUGCUGGAGAAAUCAUUCCCGAAUGCGAGCUGGAUUUUCACAUGCCAAUCCUACAGGAACAGGUUGUGUUCCCCAACUUGGAAACGUUGGAACUGUCCUCUAUACACUCUGAAGAGAUACUACUUCACAACCAACAUCGGCCAAGCUCCUCUUUCAAAUUAACAGACUCGAGAUUUCAAAAUUUGCGUAACUUGACCGUGAAAGGCUCAGGCAAUUUAAAAUACCUAUUGUCUUUCUCCACAGCGACAUUUAUGGUUCAACUCAAAGAUCUUUACAUCGAGGACUGUAAGGUUAUGGAAGAGGUUCUACACACAGACGAAGAAGAAACACUUUCAGAUGCGUUGUUUCCUCGGCUAGAAUGCUUGUUCUUAGAAGAUCUUCCAAUUCUUAAAAGAUUCUGUAUUGACAGUAAUGUGGAAUUUCCAUUAUUGAAGAAUUUUAUAGCAAACAGUUGCCCUAAAUUGAAGACAUUUGCAUUCAGACAUGCCAGUUCAAACAUGGAGGUUCGUAAAGGACUCGUGGAAAUAAAUUCAGAGGACAAUCGUCAUACAACUUCGCAAUCACACAUCAAUGAAAGCGUUGUGUUCGCCAACUUGGAAAGUUUGGAACAGUCCUUGGAAGAGAAACAGCAAAACCAACAUUGGGCAAGGUCCUUUUGCAAAAUAACAAACAUGCAAACAUCCAUAAGGUUUCAAAAUUUGUCGGCUUUGGGCGUGUGGGGCUCUGAUAGUUUCAAAUAUCUACUGUCAUCCGCCAUAGCAAGAUCUAUGGUGCAGGUCAAGAAUCUUCACAUAGUGAAUUGCAAGGCUAUGGAAGAGAUACUAUUCAUAGAAGAUUUAGGAGAUAAAGAAGAAGAAGAAAUAAUUCCUAAGAUGUUCCCUCGACUGGAAUUCCUGAAACUGAAUGGUCUACCAAUUCUGAAAAGAUUCUGCCUCGGAAGUAAUAUUGAAUUUCCCUCCAUGAAACGGCUGUUAAUAGAACAUUGCCCUAGAAUGAAGACAUUCAUAUCCAAACCUUCCAAUUCAGACACAGUGAUGACUGUCUGCAAAGAAAUCAAAGAAAUGAAUACAGAGGAAAUCCCUCGUACUGUUGCUAUACAACCUCUCUUCAGUGAAGAGGUUGCAUUCCCUAGUUUGGAAUAUUUAGAAAUAUCCUACGUGGAUGACUUGAAAAUCAUAUGGGACAACCAAAUCCCCCCAUAUUCCUUUUGCAAGCUUCGGGAAAUGAAAGUUGAAUUUUGUGAAAAUCUUAUGAACAUCUUUCAAUCUGAUAUGCUGACAAGAUUUGGGAGCCUAGAGAAUCUCACCAUAACUGAUUGUGAUUCACUACAAGAAGUAUUUCAACUGCAGGAGCAAGAUGCUAAAGAAACGCAUGAUGUAACUGUCAUUCCGUUGAAAGAAUUGCGUUUGGAUCGCGUACCCAAAUUGAAAUAUGUGUGGAAUAAGGACCCCCAAGGAAUUUUUAAUUUUCCAAAUCUCAACCUUGAUAGUACGGGUUUAAGAAGUUACUGGUCAGACUCAGUGCCUAGUGACUAGAUGUCUCACGUAAUUGGAGACAUCUAGGGGUGGAAUAAAUUUUUUCUUUGUUGUUGGAGUCCUGCUAUAGUAUAUGUAGGUUAUAGUAGCUGCUGUAUUUGUGGUAGACUGGUAUUUGUUGCUGUUGGCUUGCCUUUUUAGGAGUCUUGUUUGUUUGUUGUUUGUACAUUGUUGUUGGGUUUCCAGCUUGUUUUCAAUCAAGUUUCUUGAUUAAUAAAAAA